AUGCGGCCCUAUAAUUCUGCCAGCUUGGCUUCAAGCUGUCGUGGCUUGCCAGAAGAGCACGAUGAUCACGACAAGCCAGAUGUUACAGUACCGACGUGCGCUCACUCUGCGUCCCAUCCACUACAGCACCCUGUCUCAGACUUUGGUUCCAUGGCCCGCGAGCUUCCGCCGGGGCGUCGGUCCAUUUCGCCGGACAGCUCCGGCCGGGACUCGCCCAUUCCACGACAGUGGAGAAACCAGCUCGGAGGAGACGAACCCUUGAUCAAGGACAAGGCUUACCGCAAGUAUGCAUCUGGCAUCGAUCGCGCCUUGUCUCUCUUCGAGACGGCCCUGCAAGAAUGGGCUGACUACAUCUCGUUUCUGAACCGGCUUCUCAAGGCCCUUCAAGCUCGACAGCCGCAGAUGACAACGAUUCCGGCCAAGGCGCGCGUGGCCAAGCGGCUGUCGCAGUGCCUGAACCCGACGCUGCCGUCGGGCGUGCACCAAAAGGCGCUCGAGGUAUACAGUCACGUCUUUGCGAUCAUUGGCAGGGACGGCCUCUCCAAGGACCUGCCCGUCUAUCUGCCCGGGCUAGCACCCACGCUGUCGUUUGCGUCGCUCUCAGCGCGGGCGCACUUCUUCGACCUCCUGGAGCGCUACUUUCUCGACCUGGACCCGCGAUCGAUGCGUCCGGCGCUCAAGUCGCUCAUCCUGGCGCUCCUGCCUGGGCUCGAGGACGAGACGGCCGAGGACUUUGACCGCACGCUGAAGCUGCUGAACCGCUUCAAGGUGGCGGUGCGGCCGCCCGACAGCCAGGACCUCACGGCCGACCACGCGACCGGCGACGCCUUCUUCUGGCAGUGUUUCUUCCUCGCGGCCAUCACGAGCCAGAGCCGGCGGCCGGGCGCGCUGGCCUACCUCGGGCGCUAUCUGCCGAAGCUGGGACAACCGCUUACGUCAGCAGAGGGGUCAGCGGCACCGAGCAAGGACAAGGAUGGGCAGGCCGACCCAGCGUUACUGGCCAAACUGUCGCAGCUGGUGGUCUCGCCGGAGCCGGGGCUUCUGCUGCGAUGCUUUGCGGCCGGGCUGGCGGACGAGCAGCUGCUCAUACAGCGCGGCUUUCUCGACCUGCUCGUGGCCCAUCUGCCGCUGCACACGAGCGUGCUGCAGACCCGGGUCAAGGCAGCCGAUCUGGAGCUGCUGAUCCGUGCAGCCUGCGGUGUGGUGACGCGUCGCGAGAUGAGCCUCAAUCGGCGGCUAUCGGCCUGGCUGAUCGGUCCCGACCCACCGGCCGGCGAGAACGACAGCGCGCAUCCGGAGUCGCCCAUGGCGGCCACGCACGCCGACCGGCACCACGGCGGACAGAAGCCGAGCUACUUUGAAGAGUACGGGCUGCAGCCGCUGACGCGGGCUCUCCUCAGCAUGGUGCAGUCGAACGCGAGCACGACGCCGGCUGAGAGGGCACGGCCGUACCGGAUCUGCCUCUCGCUGAUGGACCGGUGGGAGAUUGGCGGGCUGGUCGUGCCCGAAGUGUUCCUUCCGGUAGUCGACAGCGUGCGACGGUACAAGGACGGGGCGCCGACCAAGACAGACUUCAACGAGGUGCUGCGCAGCGCCAGCGUCUUCUUUGACGGAGUGGAGAGCGGGCUGAUCUACGGGGAGAUGCUGAGCCUGGUAGCCCAGGCCAUCGGGCCAGGGCCUCUCUCGGCGGCUGAGCGGGCCGACAAGCUGGACCUGAUCAAGUUUAUCCUGGAGCACUUCAACGUGCGGGAGGAAGAGAUGAUUACGAUCCACGCGCCACUGUCGGCACUGUCGGUGCUCUGCAUGCUGGAGAACACGAAGCAGCAGCAGCAGCGGCCAGCAGCAGCAGACGGGAUUGCGGCACAGGCACUGGGCAUAGCGGUCGAGUUGCUGGAGCUGGUGCCCGAGCGGGCAUUCCACGUGACAGAAGAGAAGGAUUCGGGGAAUUCGGGGAAUUUUGGAAAUGUUGAGAAUUCGGAGAUUCUGAAGCAGAUCCACGACUUUUACGUCAACGAACAGGGCAGCCUAGACACGGCAUCGCCACCAUACGGAACAAGAACAGUGGCAGAGCUGCUGCUGCAGAAGGCAAGUCAUCUGAGCUGCCAGUCGCUGCUGGCGGAAGGAAAAGGCGACAUGGGAGCGGGCGAGCUGUCGCUGAACAGCCAGGUGCUUCUGCUGCUGCUGGACAAGAUCCGGCCGUCGUGCCGGUUCGACGUGGCCGGGCUGUUGGCGGGGCUGAACGGGUGUCUGGGUCGGGGUGUGCGGGUGUUCUCAGUCUUCUCAGAGGUGCUUUCGCUGGCGGUACACCUGCACAUCAGCGAGCGGAUCUCGACGGCAGCGCUGUCGUCGAUGGUGCCGGGACUGGUGGCUGCCGCAUGGGGCUUCCUGGCGGCAUCGGAGCCGCGGCACCACGUCGAGACAGUCCGGCGGCUGUGGCUGCUGCAGACGGCGCUGGGGGUGGAGAGCCGCGACGUGGAGGCAGCAGUGGCGAGGCUGGUGGUGCAGGACGACGUGCGCGGGACGUUUGCGACGCGCAGCGCGGCGGCCGGACGGACAUUUGCGGUGCUCUGGCUGCACACGCUGCAGGACAGCCCGCAGGUGGCGGAACGGCGGACGCCGCGGACACCCAAGACGCCCAACGGCAAUCUGCGGUCGUUUCCACGGCUUGCGGGCGUGGACCACUGCGGCGUGAUGCUGACGCGGCCGCUGCUGCUUAUGUUGGACGCGCUGCUGGAUGAGCGCACGCAGCUGUUCAUGACGGUCAAAGCCUGGCUGAACACGAUGGUCGGGAUCGACCGGCUCUUUGGCAUCCUGCUGGAAAAGCUGCUGGUGUUUGUGGGCGACGACGGCGAAGGCGAGGACAAGAAGGGCAAGAAGGACGACCAAGACGACGAGGACGACCGGGAUCUCGACAUGUGCCUCUACUACCUCCGCACGCUAGCCAACGUGUUCCGCUGGGCGCCCGGCAGCAUGUGGACGGUGCUGGCACGGCGGAUGGUCCCCGAGGAUGUGCGCAGUACAGCAGGGAGCUUAGUGCCGUCAGCCGACGAGGUCAGCCUGCAGGAGAUGCUGGUGCACGUGUGCAUGCGGUGCAUCCAAUCGUCAGGCCUGUCAGGCGGAAAGACAGAGGACACGCAGACGGCGCAGCUAUGCCGGCAGGCGCUGACGGUGCUGCACCAGAUCCUGCUGAACCCACACGCGGCGCUGCUGGGGCAGCUGCACCUGGAGGAGGCGCUGCUAGAGCGGCUACAGCCGUCGCUGGAGGGUGCGGACCCGUUCAUUCAGGUUCUUCUGCUGGACGUGCUGUUUGCGUCGCUGAAGCUGCGGGAAGCAGUGGCAGGCGAGCGGCCAACUUCAGCCACAGGUGACGAAGGCAGGUUGACGAAUGCGGGAGGACAAAGCCAGGGACAGAUGCAGGGAAGCCAAGUGGACGGAGCAGCGAGCACGGGCAGCACAUUGGCGGUGGCGGGUGGGAACAACACGGUAUCGCCACCGGCCGGACUGCUGCGCUGCAUCCGAGACGGGCUCUCAGCGCCUUGCAGCCGGGCAGUGUUGGACAGCUGGGUCGGGUUUCUGGCAGCGUGUCUGCCGCUGUAUGCGGAGUCGAUCUUCCAGGUGCUGAUUCCGCUGGUGGAGACGCUGUGUGGACAGAUUGCGAGCACGUUUGGGGAGCUGCAGGAGGUAUUUGGAGGGACGACGACAACGACGACGACGACGACAGCAGCAGCAGCAGCAACGGUUCGGAAACAGACAGAUGCACCAGAGGCUACGCUCGUGUGUCUGCUCAACGCACUGGAGCAGCUGCUGGCGACGGGUCACCAGCAGCUGCUGGCCGAGGAGGCGCGAACACAGACGGUCAAGGGCCCGGACGCGCCACAGGGCUUCUUUGGGACGAUUUUUGCGUCCGAUGCGCCACAGACGCGAAGCGCGACAGCCAACGACCGGCUGACGGUGCUGCUGGCGUUCCAGGACGCGGUGCGGAUCUGUUUCCGGAUCUGGUGCUGGGGCAAGGGGUCGUCUUCGUCGGGCGGAGCAUCGUCCGGGUCCUCGUUCGCAUACACCUCUCUCCGGACGCGCAACCGGGCACGACGUCUGCUCGAGCACCUCUUCGCGGCCGAGACGCUCGAGUGCCUCGAGACGGCCAUGGCGCUCUGGCGUGACCCGGCACUCAGCAGCAGCGUGCUGGACCUGCUGCCGACGCUGGACGGAUCGCGACCGAAGCACACGAUCCCGGCCGUCUUCAACGCCAUCUACAGCCGGACAAACCCGACAGCGCUCGAACGGUCGCGCAAGUCGACGCUGACCGUCUCGCUGCAGGAUGCCGACAUUGUCGUCUUUCUGGUCGACUAUGCGCGCUCGCUCGAGGACGACGCGAUGGAUGAGAUCUGGCAGGACUGCACCACCUUUCUCAAGGACCUGCUGGCCAACCCGUUUCCACACCGGCAGUCGCUGCCGAGUCUGCUCGAGUUUGCCGCCAUCCUGGGCGAGAAGGUGGACAAUACAAACUUUGGGGAGCAGCGGAAGAUGCGAAGAGAGUUGGGGGACCUCUUCCUACGACUCCUCACCGCCCUCUUCACCACCCGACCGGUCAUCUUCCCCGACGGGUCCGAAAAGACGACGCCAACAGCAUCGACGCCCUCGGCCGCCGACCGGGCUGACGACAUUGUCGGCAUCCUCGCAGCCAUCGUGCCGAACCUGCCCAAGAUCGUGACGGAAAACGACCGGGUCCUGGCAGCGGCCACGGCCAUCUCGGCCAGCGUGAUCGGUCCGACUCUGCGUGCCAAGACAUUCCCCGACACCAUGUCGGCCACGACGCUGGUGCUGCUGCAGGGCCUUGCACAGCUGCCCAACAACCAAAAGGUCUGGAAGCGCGACGUGGCCGAGGCCUUCAACGACGCCCGCUUCUUCGGCUCGAACCUGGUCCUGGUGCGCGACCACUGGCUCGGCCUGCUGCGACUCUGGGCCGUCAGCGACAAGGACCGCAUGCCAGAGCUGUUGGGCCGCAUCACGGCACCGACCACGGCCGGCAUCGUGUUUGGCGUCGGUGCCACGUCAGCUCGCCUUGACGCUGAUCGUCGUACCCAACUCAACCUCCGUCGCGUCGCCGUGCUGCUGCUGGCUGCUGCGUCCGAUGCCUUUGUCGCCGAUCUGCCGACCAUUACGGACAAGCUGGUCGAGUUGCUGACUGCCUCGCCCACGUCGUCGCCCUCAUCGGCCACACGGCCCGACGUCUACCUCGUGCUGCGCGCCCUCGUUCUCCGCGUGUCGUCCGUCCAUCUCGCCGGACUCUGGCCCGUCGUUGAUGCUGAGCUGCACGCUGCCAUCGCCUCGACCGUCGCGCCUGACAGCAGCCCGGCCGCUGACACGUUUGGCAAUGCCGCCCUGCUGCAGGCCUGCAAGCUGCUCGAUCUCGUCGUCUGUCUCGCGCCCGACGAUUUUCAGCUGCGCGAGUGGCUCUUCGUCUCCGACACCAUCGACGCCAUCUAUCGUCCGCCCGCCUGUCUGCCUGUCGCCCUGGCCGACGAGCUCGCCGAGGCUCUUGGUUCGGGAGCCGCGCCCGGUCCUGCUAUCGAAGACGUCACCGCCCUGGCCACCACAACUUAUCGUCGCCGCCCGCUGCUCGCUGCCGUUGGCGCCGGCCUUAGCGAUGAUGUCAGCCUUGAGCGCAAAGACGAGCUCGUCUCCAAGGUGCUCCGGCCCUUCUUUAGCCAGCUCAGCAUCUACGCCUUUGAGGCCACGUAUGCCAUGGGCCCGGUCGAUCUGCAGGCCUGUGUCGAUGGCGUGCUCAAGGACCUGUUUGACGACCGGGGCAUUGCCCGGGGGUUGUAG